AUGAAGCCAGCCCUUCGUCUGCUGUCCGUCUCCGUGGACAGGUACGUACGCCAACUCUCCGAGUCGAUGGCGUACGCCGGAUCGGCGAGGAGGUCCGGCGGCAGAUAUCGCCUCCUGCGCCGGAUCUCCUUGGUCCGCUCAGGCUCGCGCGCAGGGACCGUUAGGCGACAGGCGGGCGACACGGGUGGCGAUCUCGCCACCCAAACGCCGGCGACGGUGGCGUUGACAUCCGAGGCGCCAGAUCGAGAGCCGCAGGUAACCGUGCUGCCGGAGGUGGGGUCGUCGGCAUCGGAGGCGCUGGGUGGUGUGUCCAGUUGCUCGUCGGAGAGGCCCAUCGGGAGCCGAUUCUGGGCGUUGCAGUCGGAUGAUGAAGAAGAUGGUGGGAGUGGAGAUGAGGAGGUAGAUGAAGUUUCAUCUGUUAGAGGAGGAGAUCGCUUGGCAUCUUUCUUUUGCCGCACUCCAACGCCGUCGAGGGAUGCGGAUCUUGCGGAAGGUUCAUCGGAGCUCAAUCGGCAGCAGUUGAAGAGGCUUCGACGGCGGGAUGGUCAGCGUUUAGCGGCUCGCGUUGCGCUAUUCUUCUCUUCAGGCGAAGGUACGGGCUCCUUAUCCUCUUCGUUGCUGGACAAGAAAUCAAAACCUGUGUGUCACAUGAAUUUGCCGGUGCUUGAGCCGUCAAUUUUUGUCGACAAAACCAUGGAAGGUUGGACUCUGGUUCGUCGGCGGCGUUGGUCAUCGGCGUCCGUCAAGAAGGUCCGUGAUCCGGGGAUCACGGAGAAUUCAAAAGUGUUGACUGUGGGCCAAGCCCGGUUGCGGGCUUGUGCACAGAGACCUGGGUGUCGUUCAGGCCCAAAGCGACAGGUAGGAUCAUCUCUCGAUCAGUUGGAAAGAGAUCGCGUAUCCAGGGUAGCCAAGGUAGGCAACACGACUGCUAGGUUUGCGUUUCGACGUUUCCUAGGGUUAACCUGGAAGAAGUGUGAGGCGGCGGCUCCAGUCAUCCGACGUCGCACAGCUGAGGUCGUCAUGAGUGGAGACGGUGGCCGGGGAGGCUUCAACCCUGGGCGAGGUGGUUUUAACACUGGCCGAGGAGGGUAUGGUGGCGGUCGCGGAAACUAUGGCGGCCGCGGUGACUUUGGUGGUGGCCGUGGUGACUUUGCUGGUGGCCGCGGUGACUACGGCUUCGGCGGGGGGCGCGGUGACUAUGGCAAUGGUCGCGGUGGUUAUGGCGCCGGUCGCGGUGGCUAUGGCAGUAACCGCGCUGAAUAUGCUCCGAGAGGUAGGUUCGGCCAUGGUGUUGGACGGGGCAAUGCUGGCUAUGGCGGCGGGCGUGGUCACCAGGGCAAUGGCUUUGGUGGCUGUUGA